CUUUUUCAAAACCGCGAUUUAGAAACCGCCGGAGAGUUCGUUCGCCGCCAUGAAACCAGCAAGUGCUACGGUGGCUAAAGUAGACAGCGGAGGAGAGGACGAGAAAUUCGAGGUGGGGAAGGUAUACGCUGUCAAGCUGACCACCGGAGAUCAGUUCAAUGGCAUCGUCUUGGCUUAUGAUUCUGAACCCAACUUCGCCGUUUUCGAUAUCCUUUUUCGAAAUCGCUACUCGCAGCUCGUAGAUUCUUAUCUCUGCUACUUCGCCUUCUUGAUUUCAUCUUCUUGUGUUUGUUUUCGCGUAUUCCUUGACGGAUUAGUGAUUUUACAAGAAGGCACGAAGCCUAAACCUCUGGAUUCGAAAUCCUUACGGAUGGUGAAUGUGAAUUACAUAACGGAGAUGAAGAAUCUGGGGAGGGUUAAGGAACGUCUCGCUAAAAAUACUUUGGUUAAUCUUGAUGGACUCAUAGAGAAAGAGAAUCAUGCUAUUAGUAACGUCGAGAAGAUUGGUUUUGGUGUUACCGCAGAAGGGCAGAUGAUCUUUGACGCGAUUUCUAAGACGCUUCCUAUACGCUGGGUGAACAAAGAAAUGCUGGUAAUGGGAGAUGUGUUUAUUCGUAGCCCUUAUCAUUCUGAUUGUGUCUAUGGAGGACCCCGUAUGGUCAAUGAACGAGUAAAGCAUGUGCUGGGGCAGGAGAGAAAGAAGUUGCAACUCAGUGACACCUGAGGAUAUUGAAGGAGUUGUUCAAUGAACAUAGAGCAAUAGCGUAAGUCUCUUAUCCCUAGAAGUACCCUAGAUGUGAUACCAUGUGUAAAUUCGAUUCACGAGAAGAAGAUUUAGAGAUUUUUGAGUUGCAGAGAUUUAAUUUUGGUGUUGACAUUGACAAGAACACAGAGAAUGUUGUUGUUACACUGAUUUGAGACUUGAAGCUUUAGUGAAUGGAUGGC